GCAGUCUCCGGAGAGAGCCGACGGGCCCCGAGCGGCGGCGCCGAGGCGUAGUCAUGGCGGCCGCCUGCGCCGCGGCCGCUGGGAAGAGCGAGGAUCCGGCGCCGGAGGCCGCGGCGCUGGCCGCCGCCCGGGAGCGGAGCAGCCGCUUCUUGAGCGGCCUGGAGCUGGUGAAGCAGGGCGCCGAGGCGCGCGUGUUCCGCGGCCGCUUCCAGGGCCGCGCGGCCGUGGUGAAGCACCGCUUCCCCAAGGGCUACCGGCACCCGGCGCUGGAAGCGCGGCUCGGCCGGCGGCGGACGGUGCAGGAGGCCCGGGCGCUGCUCCGCUGCCGCCGCGCAGGGAUAUCCGCCCCCGUUGUCUUUUUCGUAGACUAUGCCUCCAACUGCUUGUACAUGGAAGAGAUUGAAGGUUCAGUGACUGUUCGAGAUUAUAUUCAAUCCACUAUGGAGACCGAAAAAACUCCCCAAAGUCUCCUCGGCUUAGCCAAGACGGUUGGGCAGGUUUUGGCUCGAAUGCACGAUGAAGACCUCAUUCAUGGUGAUCUUACCACCUCGAACAUGCUGCUGAAACCCCCCGUGGGACAGCUGAACAUCGUGCUCAUAGACUUUGGGCUGAGUUUCAUUUCUGCACUUCCAGAAGAUAAAGGAGUCGACCUCUACGUGCUGGAGAAAGCCUUCCUCAGUACCCACCCCAAUACCGAGGCUGUGUUUGAAGCCUUUCUGAAGAGCUACUCCACCUUCUCCAAAAAGGCCAGGCCGGUGCUAAAAAAGUUAGAUGAAGUGCGCCUGAGAGGAAGAAAGAGGUCCAUGGUCGGGUAGAAGAGUCUGACAAGUACUGACGUGCUGGCCAUUUGCGUCAAAGGGAGUUUGAAGGAAGGCUCCGAAUAAAGGCAUUGAGAUCCUUUUAA